ACUUCCUGGAUACGCGUUCGGAAAAAAAUACAGCCAGGCUGGAUUUGUCAUUAUUUUCUUUUUUUUUUACCGAGUUUCAAAUAACGUGUUGCUUAUAUUUACACAAAAGGAUUCUAAAGAUAAACCAUUUGUGGUGGUUUUAAUGUCAGGAAAACACCGAUUAUGGCGUAAAGGGGAAUUCACUUUAAAGAGCGCCACGUCAUUGGAAAAACACACACCCGGAUUUCAGCCUCCCAGCUUUGCGUUCAAUGAGCCACUGUCUCCGUGUCUUCUGAGAUUUACUCACCCAGGGAGGAGCAGUCAGUAAACGGGUCAACAUGACGGCGUCUAACUGGGGUCUCAUCAUGAACGUGGUGAACAGCAUCGUGGGUGUCAGUGUGCUCACCAUGCCCUUCUGCUUCAAACAGUGUGGGAUUGUUCUGGGAACCCUCCUGUUGUUCUUCUGUUCGUGGAUGACCCACAAGUCCUGCAUGUUUCUGGUCAACACAGCAAGCAACACCAAGAGACGGACCUACGCAGGACUGGCCUUCCAUGCUUACGGGAAACCAGGAAAAACUGUGGUGGAGCUGAGUAUGAUCGGUUUGAUGUUGGGCACCUGUAUCGCCUUCUACGUGGUGAUAGCUGAUCUGGGCUCGAAUUUCUUCGCUCAGCUGUUGGGUUUACAGGUGACGGGCAGUUUCCGCAUCCUGCUGCUGUUCGCCGUGUCUCUGUUCAUCGUCCUCCCGCUGAGUCUGCAGAGGAACAUGAUGUCCUCAAUCCAGUCCUUCUCCGCCAUGGCUCUCAUGUUCUACACCCUAUUCAUGUUCACGAUAGUGUUGUCGUCUCUGCGCUACGGCAUAAUCUCAGGCUCCUGGGUGGAACAGGUUCACCUGUGGCGCUUCAAGGGCGUCAUUCAGUGCCUGCCCAUUAUCGCCACAACCUUCUGCUGUCACCCGCAGGUGCUGCCCACCUACGACAGCCUGGACGAGCCGUCCGUCAAACGCAUGAGCACCAUCUUCACUUUGGCCCUCAACGUGGUCACCAUCUUCUACAUCACUGUGGGUUUCUUCGGCUACGUCAGUUUCACCGACAACAUCGCCGGCAACGUGCUGAUGAACUUCCCGUCCAACCUGGUGACGGAGAUGAUCCGCGUUGGCUUCAUGAUGUCUGUGGCCGUCGGAUUCCCCAUGAUGAUCCUGCCCUGCCGCCAGGCCAUCAACACCAUGCUGUUUGAGCAGCAGCAGAAAGACGGGACGUUUGCCGGCGGGUACAUGCCUCCUCUGCGCUUCAAGAUGAUCACCCUCUGCAUCGUGUUCGGCACCAUGCUGGGAGGCAUCCUCAUCCCCAACGUGGAAACCAUUCUGGGUCUGACUGGAGCCACUAUGGGCAGCCUGAUCUGCUUCAUAUGCCCCGCUCUCAUCUACAGAAAGAUCCAGAAGAAUGGCUUCAUCUCUCAGCUGGUGCUCUGUGUGGGUCUGGGCAUCCUGCUGGUCAGCACCUUCACCACCCUCUCAAUAUCGGCCAGAAGCCCGGUCACAAAGAUCCAACCCCCACCUCCAGCACCUGGGAAAAUCCACCUGCCUCUACCAGACCUCACUGAGCAGCACGAAAAUCUUCCAAACAAGAAGCCAGUGGAGAUAGCGAAACCUGACCUUCCACCAGUAGAGGGGCCACAACCCGUAGAGAGGGACCCUCCUGAGGCCCCGCAGAUUAAAGUACCGGUGGAGCUACCAGAGAAGAAGAAGGAGGAGGUGCAGUUAGACCGCCCCGACGCCGGUGUCGCGUUGCCAGAAGGCGAGGCACACCGUCAUGAGCCCCCCAUCCCUCAUGACGCGGUGCUGGUGGACACAAGGAAGAACAACGCAGAGCUGGAGGAGGAUAACAAACAACCGGAAGGACCAAAAGAAAAGGAACAGCAAGGUUUAAGGCCCUCUGAGGAGCUGGAGGGCAAAAAAGGCAACAACAACGAAGAGAAUCUGAAGCCUGUAAAGGACGUUGUGGGCAGAGAGGAGGUGGAUUUGGGCGGAGGUGAAGUCCGGUCCAAUGAGGUGCUGGAGAAGCCGGUUGCCGAGGAAGACAAAAAGCCAGAGGUUCCCCCGCUGAAGGAAGUGGAGAAGCUCGACCCGGUGAAAGAUCCUCCAGUGGGGAACGCAGGCGAGGUGGGGGAUAAAGCGGGCAAAGCUCCGGACGCUGCAGGGAAACUUCCACUUCCUGAAGGAGAGCAUCGGCCUGCAGACAAGGGUCUCGGAGCAGAGAGUAAAGACACAGCGGACGAGAAGAUGGAAGUGAUAAAAAAGCUGGUUGCAGAGGGCCAGCUGGACCAUGCCGUGCUGCUGCAGGUGAUCAAGGAGCAGCAGCAGCAGCAGAAGAGACUCCUCGACCAGCAGGAAAAACUCCUGCAUGUCAUAGAGGAGCAACACAAGGAGAUCCACCAGAAACUGCCCGGUGCUGAAGGUGAGACGGAGAAAAGCAUCCAGGAGGGGGCGGAAGGUGAAGCAGCAAAACUCAAAGAGUCCGACCUGGAAUCGAACGUGAAGCAGAACAAGGACUCGGCUGGAGCCGGAGCCGUAGCCGUAGCCGGAGCCGGAGCCGGAGCCGUAGCCGGAGCCGGAGCUAGAGCAGGAACUGGAGCCGGAACUGGAGCCGGAGCUGGAGAGCCUCACGUCUUAGCCCAGAAACAAGUGCAGAUGGCUGAGGUGGAGAUUCCUAAAGCCGCUGCUCAGGCGGCCUACAAAGAGGACGACCAUGUUGCUCCUGAAAAAGUAACCCAUAAGCAGAAGGAGCUCGGGGCCAGGGGAGUGCCGCUGGGAGAGAAAAGACCUGUGGGCCGUCAGCCUGUACCUCAGGUAGCUCAAGUCGUAGAAGAAGAAAGAAGCCUAGACAAAGAAAAUGAAAGAAUAGAAAAACAAGUCCAGGCCAGAAUUGAGCGCGAGCGCGAGAUAAAGGAAAAGAUGGCCAAAGAAAAGUUAGAGGAGGAGAAGAUAGUGAAAGCGGUGCAGGACAGGGUGGAGAAAGAACGGCUGGAGAGGGAGAGGAGGGAGAAGCUGGCCAGAGAGCAGGAGCUGGAGAGGGCAGCGAAGGAGAAACUGGAAAAGGAGCUUGAGAAGGAGAGGGCAGCAAAGGAGAAACUGGAACAGGAGAAGGCUGCCGCAGAGAGACUUCAGCGGGAGAUGCACAACAAUGAAAUAGUGGAGGGAGUGAAGAUGGAGAGGGCGGAGGAGGCCCGGGAGAGGAAGGCCCAGAUGGAAGACGGAAAGGCUGCACAGGGAGAAGGAGAAGCUUUGAAGAAAGGAGUACGAGACCUCAAAGAGAAACCUCAGACUGAUGAGGAGGAGGGGGCCGUCAAAGCUCCCCCUCCGGGCUCCCACGAGAAGGUCAGGGGCCAGGGAGAGAUGGAUCUGAGGAGGAGGCGCCGGGCAGUGGGAACCAGAGGAGCUGCAGGGAAGGAGAACGCGGGGUCCAGGGGGGUGCCGGGUCUCGAGCCCCUGCUGGAGCUCGGGGGCUCUGAUCUGCACGUGGCCCUGGAGGAGCAGCUACUGGCCGGGGCCAUGGUGCACUCGCGGCAGAUUAAGCAGGUCUCCGAGGACAAGGGAGCCGAAUGAGACAGAUUCUCACUCCAGCACAAACUUCUCACACUGUGGACCACGAUAUCGGUGCCUUAAAUUCUUUCCUGCCUUCAAAAAUAUUAAUGAACAAAGAGGAAAAACUUCUAUUCCUUGAUACUGUGUACUCUGGAGAAGCACACCGUUUAUUAAAGAGCAAAGUACAUGUAAAUAUUAACUUAUUUUUGUCUUUAGGGAGGAGGAUCUGGAAGAGGUUACUGUUGAAAUGUAUAUAAACCUAUGCAAAUACCCUUCUGUUAACUGUUCAGAAAGCCUGGAUGUAUUAGUGUGUGUCUUAAGGAAUUGUCUGCGUUGGUUAGUGUGUGUUUACCUGUUACUCUGAGAUGUACAUAUUGUAAUAUUUCAAAAUACUUUCAAAUGGAAGUUAGUGAAUUCAGCCUCAGAUUUAAACUGUGGACAACGGAGCAGCUAGAUCUCGAGCAUCAAGUUACAAAUCAUUCCACCUUCAUCAUCUGUUCCCGUUUGAUUUACGAGUGCCUUCUAAUCCACAUGCUGCUGUUUUAUCCAAAUGUGGCCGUUUUUUUCCCCCCUAAAUGUGUGCUUUAACUCUGACUGUAAAGAGUACGAUAAUUAUGAGAAAAUAAUAUCAUGUUCAGGACAAUGUAAGAGAAAAUGGAUCAUGGAUCAUCCAUCGGUUGGCACUUCAACACAUGUUGGACCUUUGCUUUUUACAAGAACCUAUUUUUUCAAUUUUUCUAUGUGCAUUGUAUUUCCGUACAUUUUGCUGAACAUAUUAAAUAAAAACAUCUAUAUUACAUCAA